AUACAAAAUGUCGGGAGGAUCGGAAAGGUUGAAAAUGAGAAGGAAUUUGUCUCCAGGAAACUCAAACAUGGCACACCAGUUUUGUUGUCUCUGUCUAGAUAUUUAAGAAGUGGAGCAAGGGAUUCGAUCGACAAUCCUUCCUGCUCAAACUGUGGGGAGGGAUUCACUUGGUCAUUUGACCAAAUUGCAAGCCUGUCAUUUUACACAGGAGAAAGGCCGUUCACCAGCUCAGACAGUGGGAAUGGAUUCACUCAGUCAUUUCAACUGAAGGUACAUCAGCAAGUUCACACUGGGCAAGGCCAUUCAUCUGUUCUGUGUGUGAGAAAGGAUUCUGCCGGGCAUCCCACCUGUGGACAAACCAGUCAGAUCACACUGGGCAGAGGCUGGUCAUCUGCUGAAUUUCGGGGAGGGGAUUCUCUCGGUUAUCUGAUCUAAUGGCUCACCAGCGACUUCACACCAGGGGGUGGCCGUUCACCUGCAUAGUCUGUGGAAAGGGAUUCACUCAGUCAUCCCACCUACUGAGCCAUCAGCGAGUUCACACUGGGGAGAAGCCGUUCACUUGCUCAGUCUGUGGGAAGGGAUUCACUGAGUCAUCCAACCUACUGAGUCAUCAGCGAGUUCACACUGGGGAGAGGCCAUUCACCUGCUCAGUCUGUGAUAGGAGAUUCACUGUGUCAUCCCACCUAUUGGUACAUCAGCGAGUUCACUCUGGGGAGAAGCCGUUCACCUGCUCAGUCUGUGAGAAGAGAUUCACUUGGUCAUCCCAACUACUGGCACACCAGUUUGUUCACACUGGAGAGAAGCCGUUCACCUGCUCAGAAUGUGGGAAGGGAUUCACACUGUCAUCCCGCUUACUGGUCCAUCAGCGAGUUCACACUGGGGAGAAGCCAUUCACCUGCUCUGUCUGUGGGAAGAGAUUCACUGCAUCAUCCAACCUACUGGUACAUCAGUGAGAUCACA